AUGUCCCAUGGGAUUACAGUCUUUUCUGGUUUUGUUGUGCUUAGUCAAUGUGGUCGACCACAACCAGAAGUGAUCUGGAUCGAUAACAAUGGAAAGGUUAUUGAGGAAUCCAGAAAAAUGAAGGUGAGAAUUUUUAAUCAUUCCAAACCGACAGGGUGUAUUUUUUGUGGAAUUGAGAAUCUAAUUUUUAGAAGCUUUCAAUUUUUGAACUCUGUAAUAGAAGAGCACGCGAUGUUUCUGCUAUAG